AUGAAAAAUCAGUGCCAUAUUCUUCCUUUUUUUGCUCCAGAAGUCUCCAAGGUGGAGGUAGAACAUGUAAAUCUGGACGGAAAUGAGGCUACCAUAAGAGGGAUAUCCUGCAUCAAGAAGAGGUUGGACUCGGAUCUCGGUGUGUAUACUUGUAACAAAAUUAUUAAGGAUCCGGUGUUUUACUGGGUACCUGCAAACUCUGGAUCUGCAUUCGAAAAGGGGCUGGAGCUGGUGAGGAAGGGGCUGGGGUUUCCUGGGAGAAAUGGCCAUGGGCCUCUUGACGGAGUCAUCACGAGAAAGAACAAGAAAAUUAAACUGUAA